AUGGAGCCUCAGACCCCAGGUACAGAGACCCACAUGGAGCCUCAGACCCCAGGUACAGAGACCCACAUGGAGCCCCAGACCCCAGGUACAGAGACCCACAUGGAGCCUCAGACCCCAGGUACAGAGACCCACAUGGAGCCCCAGACCCCAGGUACAGAGACCCACAUGGAGCCCCAGACCCCAGGUACAGAGACCCUCAUGGAGCCCCAGACCCCAGGUACAGAGACCCUCAUGGAGCCCCAGACCCCAGGUACAGAGACCCUCAUGGAGCCCCAGACCCCAGGUACAGAGACCCUCAUGGAGCCCCAGACCCCAGGUACAGAGACCCACAUGGAGCCCCAGACCCCAGGUACAGACUCACAUGGAGCCCCAGACCCCAGGUACAGACCCACAUGGAGCCUCAGACCCCAGGUACAGACCCACAUGGAGCCCCAGACCCCAGGUACAGAGACCCUCAUGGAGCCCCAGACCCCAGGUACAGAGACCCUCAUGGAGCCCCAGACCCCAGGUACAGAGACCCUCAUGGAGCCCCAGACCCCAGGUACAGAGACCCACAUGGAGCCCCAGACCCCAGGUACAGACCCACAUGGAGCCCCAGACCCCAGGUACAGAGACUCACAUGAAGCCCCAGACCCCAGGUACAGACCCACAUGGAGCCCCAGACCCCAGGUACAGAGACUCACAUGA